ACACAACGAAUUUUUUUCAACUUCUUUAUUGCGGUGCCUUUUUUCGGCGGCAACGAAACGCCGACGUCUUUGGGCUGCGCACCUCCCGGUGACACCAGGCACGGAGACCUCGAACGCUGGCUCGCGCCUUCCCAUGACCGUUGCUUUGUCAGCUUUUCACUCUUUUCCGGCCACGAGGGAUUUUUGAGAUGGAAGAUGACUGCAAUGUGUUUACCGAAACGGGACUACACACGUUGUCCGUAUCGAUUUAAGUUGCUUUGGAGGGGAUCGUCUGGAGCCGUCACCUCAAACGCCCAUCGUCCAGCGCGUACGGUUCUAUUUUCCAUGCCAGGAGCUUCGCACAUGCAAGCGAAACACAUUAUUUGACUCUUGCUUGUUUUGUCGAAAACGCUCCUAAAAGCUCCAGUGCGACAAGUGUCUGUGGAAGGUUCGGUGAUGAAGGGGUCAACGAGCACAGCGCUGCCCGCCACGCCGGGUGUCGCGGGUACCGUGAGCGUGGCGGGCUCCGCCGUUUCGGCUUCCGGAAAAACGAAUCUGCCCUGGAAUAUUGGGUUUGUUGCCGUGGGAAAUCUCAAGUCAAAGACGGUCCUUGAUACAUUCUACAACCGGCUGACGUCGAAGGAGAAGAAUGCGCUCGCCCCGCUUUUCCCUCAAGUUCUGAAAACCGCCCCCGACGCUAUGCCUGGGCUGCGCAGAAAGUUCCCUGUAGAUGAUGGAGGAAUCAUGUUUCUUGCUUCCGACCCAACGGGAUCUUUUCUAUUUGGACUUUACACCCACGACAAGCAGUAUCCAGAGCGGGUAGCUUUCACUUUUCUCACAGAAGUCCAUCAGCUGGUAUCUGAGGCAGUCAAAGAUCAACCAGCAUGCGGGACGAAGCCAGGAUUACUGGAGACCCGGCUGCGUCAGGCUGUGAAGGGCCUCAUUUCGAGGUUUGACCAGCCCGCGAGUGUCGACAAGACGACGGAGGUUCUGAAGAAAGUUGAGGACGUGAAGAUUGAGAUGGAGAAGAACGUGCAAAUCGUUCUUCAGAACCACGCGAACUUGGAGAGUCUCGAAACGAAAACCGGACAGCUGGCGGAGAGCGCGAAAACUUUCAAACGCACCGCUGGAGACGUGAACCAGUCCAUGCGGUGGCAGAGGAUAAAACUGACUGUGAUGCUGUGCAUUGCCUUUGCCGCUACAUUGGCUUAUUUGAUUUACGUCGUUGUCAACCUCCUUUCCGAUUCGAAAAAGUAGGAGUUUUUUCUCGUCGAGGCGCUUUGCAGAGUGGCUUCCUCGCGCUUUUUCUUCGCGCACACUUCGGGUCUUUUGUGAGCAUUCUGUGACUUGUAUCUCUCGUGGAGGAUAAACGAGAGAGGUGUGUUUGCAGGCAGGAUUUGGAAACCCCUGCGACAAGCACUGCCUCUGCUGUUGGAACAUGCAUGCUUAUGUAAGCUGCUUUCAACUGGACGACGCUCCUCCGUACAGAUACACGUAGGGAGUCGCCCGGUCCCUCUGCAGUGGUCUACAGAGACACUGUGGCGUUAAGAAAAGGUGGGAAUGCUGCCGCCAGUCGACUCAGGUUUGUGUUUGGAAACGGCAUAUCCGCCGAACAUAGGCUUUAAUUUUGAUCUCAAAGGCGAUGUAUGCGGGAGAGACUCGUCGAGAUACGGGUGUUGCUUCAACCGAGCCUCUUGUUGGACAUCAAUUCUCUUCUGGCGUGUCUGUCGAGGAGACGCAGACCGCGGUUUCAAGUGAGGGGACCUUCCCAGUGAGGGAGAGUUGCACUGCAUCUGGCGCCUGUUUCUAAUACCGGCUGAUAAUUGUGAUUUUCAGCAGAAACAUGCUUUGAUUGAUUGUGGGAAAAGGUAACACUUCGAUAUAAAGGCGGUUUCGUCUCGCCGUCGUGGAACUACUCGUGGGUUGGCCUGCUGCUUCGCGUUCGGCCCAUGUGACCGUUCUUUUCCCGAGUUUUUCUGAAACACCAGCGAGCUGGUUUCAGCUCAGACGCGCACCGCUGUUUCCGUUGCAACUUUGA